UCCCCCCCGCGCCCCGAUUCCGGCCCGAGCCGGGGGGGAGGCCGGGCGCCGGGGCCAGAGUCCAGCCGGAGCGGAGCACGCCCGGCCCCAUGGACAGCUCGGCCGUCAUUACUCAGAUCAGCAAGGAGGAGGCACGGGGCCCGCUACGGGGCAAAGGUGACCAGAAGUCAUCCGCUUCUCAGAAGCCCCGGAGCCGGGGCAUCCUCCACUCACUCUUCUGCUGCGUCUGCCGGGACGAUGGGGAGGCCCUGUCCACCCACAGCGGGGCACCCCUGCUCGUGGAGGAAAACGGAGCUGUUCCCAAGCAGACCCCAGUCCAGUAUCUGCUCCCUGAGGCCAAACCCCAGGACUCAGACAAGAUCUGCGUGGUCAUCGACUUGGAUGAGACCCUGGUGCACAGCUCUUUCAAGCCAGUGAACAAUGCUGACUUCAUCAUCCCCGUGGAGAUCGAUGGGGUUGUCCACCAGGUCUACGUGCUGAAGCGGCCCUACGUGGAUGAGUUCCUGCAGCGAAUGGGCGAGCUCUUUGAGUGCGUGCUGUUCACUGCCAGCCUGGCCAAGUAUGCAGAUCCCGUAGCCGACCUGCUGGACAAGUGGGGGGCCUUUCGGGCACGGCUGUUCCGGGAGUCAUGUGUCUUCCACCGCGGGAACUACGUGAAGGACCUGAGCAGGCUGGGCCGGGACUUGCGGCGGGUGCUCAUUCUGGACAACUCCCCUGCCUCCUACGUCUUCCAUCCGGACAACGCCGUACCGGUGGCCUCGUGGUUUGACAACAUGAGUGACACAGAGCUCCACGACCUCCUGCCCUUCUUCGAGCAGCUCAGCCGAGUGGAUGACGUGUACACAGUGCUCAGGCAGCCACGGCCUGGCAGCUAGUGAGGUGCCCUGGGGCCAGGACCUGCCCCUGACCACACCUACACCCUUCGCACGUGGACUCUUCCUUAGGAAAACCCAGCAGCCUCGGCCACCUCAGUGCCACGGGGAAGUGGGCGUCUCCCCUAGCAGCCUGGCCAGGCUGUGAAGGGGGCAGCAGGCUGCACAGAGGGCAGUGAGACCCUGGGUCCCUGUGUCAGUGCCUUAGAACUUCCUCUUCUUGGGGGACCUGAGGGGCCCUGCGUGCUGCUCCCCCUUUCUCUCUGUGCUGCCCUGUUUCUCUGCUGCCAAAUGGGCCCCUCGGCCCUUUCCGGUUCUGCUUGGGGGAGGGGGCAGGGUUCCUGCUGCCCCGUGCCUUGGGCCCCCAGCCUGGGAAUGAUGGACACCCAAGUGCCUUGCUUAGAGCCCUCUUCCCCACCACCUGGUUUUCCCAGGGCCCAAUCAGGUCAGCUCUUGCCUGAACAGCUUCCAGGCUGCUGUUGGGGGAGGAACCAGUCUCCCCACCGCCUCCGCCUCCGUGGGGACUGAUAGAGACCCUACCGCCUCCACCUAGGAGGGUGGGCAGGAGGGGAGAGGAGCUGUUACCACUUGUGAAGGCAGCAAGGGUCUGUCUGUCCUUCAGGACCUGGAGUCCAGCUUCUCUGGGCUCAGUGGCUGGGGGCUGCUCCCUGCAUCACCCAAGCCCCGACCCCUCCUGUCUACUUUGCCCACCCGAGGCCCUGGGGCUUGGCUCCCCCAGCUCCAAGUGUGGGGACAUAGGCAGGACCCUUUUGUGGUGCCAUAUAAAUAUGUAUAUGUGUAUAUAGAUUUUUAGAGGGAGGGUAGGGGUGGAGAUACGCCUUCCUCACCCCUUUUCUGGGCCCAUAAAUUGCGGGGAGGGAGGGAGAGGAUUUUUACAUUUUUCAACUGCUAUUUUCUGGAUGAAACAAGCUGGGCCAAGGGGCCCCAGGCCCUGUCCUCUGCCCCCCACAUCCUCUUCACAUCAUUCAUUCAUUCAUUCAUUCAUUCAAAACACACUUACUGAGCACCUGCUCUGUGCCCAGCCUGUGCUAGGGCAGCCAGCUGAGUGGGUGUUAGGGGAUCUCUACACCACCUAAUGGGUGUUUCUGCCACCCACUCCAUACUUCACCUGUGCCUUUAGGGGAUCUGCAGGAGGUGGGACCCUUCUUGUGGGGUUUGGGCAUAUUCCUGCCAAGCUACACCCCUCCUCCGUGCCAACCCACCCUCUGCAGCCCCCUGCCUCAUCCUGCUGGCUGAGGGCUGCUCCCGGAUGUCCUGCCUUCCACUUCUGGCUCCUUUACCUGGAAUCCCUCCCCCAAACGCUGAGCCUGGACGUCAAGGCCUUGGGCUCUCCCAGGGACCUACCUAACAGUUAAGGGGACCCACAUGGCCAUGCCAAGGGGAGUGUCAAAUGGAGAUGUUUAUUCAUCCCCCCACCCAGAGCUGGGGGUGGGGUGGAGGACAUGGCUGGUCUGAAUCCAGGGACCCUCCCAUUUAAGUGCCUUCUCUGUGAUAGAGAGCCCCUCAGUGUGAUGAGAACUAAAGAGGAAGCCAAUACCCCCA